AUGUCGCCGUCUCUUGGGAGAACAUUGUCUACUGUAUCCUUACGCACCUCAGAUGAGAGUGUAGCUGUUCGCAACCACCGGCGAGUCGAGGAUGCUUCACGUCGCCCAGACACAUGUAAUGUUGUCAUUUUUGGACAAACAGGCGCUGGUAAAAGUUCCUUGGUCAACUUGAUCACUUGGACGCAAGCGUCUCCGACGUCGCCUGACACCAAGGGAUGUACAACUGAAUCCACCGUAUAUGAGCAUGAUGCUGUGACUCAGAACAAGACGUUAAAGGUACAACUGUUUGACACGGUCGGUUUGGAUGAGGGACCUGAGGGAACAGUCCCCAAUGAGCAAGCUCAAAUAGCUUUGAAAAAGCUCCUUAAAACUCUUGAGGCGAACCGGGGCAUUCAUCUUCUCAUGUACUGCGUGCUGGGCUCAAAGGACGCCCAGGCGCUCGAGCGCAACUACAAGUUACUGUGCUCCAAAGUGAAGGGAGGGGUGCCUAUCGUCCUUGUCGUUACAGGUCUGGAAGGCCGAAAGCCAGAAAUGGAACAGUGGUGGACGGAUAACGAGAAAUCGAUCUCAGACCUCGGGAUGAAAUUUUCUGGUCACGCCUGUAUUACCGCGGUGACCAUUAAUGAAAGUGACACAGACGAGGUCAGACAGCGUCGCGAACAGUCAUACCACGCUGUCUGCAACCUUUUCGAGCAUUGUCGCCCGCAGAAUGGGACGGAGAAUUUUAGAGGGACUACUCUCCCUCCCGCAAGGAGGACUAAAAACAUCGUGCUCUUUGGGGAGACUGGGGCAGGCAAAAGCUCCCUCGUCAACCUCAUGGCUGGGAAGGAGGUAGCGCUCACAUCUUCCGGCACGCAACACUGUACGAUGCGCUGGCAAGAUUAUAACAUCGAAUUCAACGGCGAGUCUUUUAAGGUUUUCAAUACAUUUGGACUCGAGGAACCGCAACUUGGAAUCAAAGAAUACCUCGAGUCCGUCGAAAACGCCUAUAGGCUCAUCAAGGAAUUGGACUCGCAAGGCGGCAUUGAUCUGCUUCUGUUCUGCAUUCGCGCCGGAAGAAUGACCACCACUAUUCAGAGUAAUUACCGGCUCUUUCACGAAUUUCUCUGCGAGAAGAAGGUUCCCAUUGUUCUUGCGAUCACGAACCUCGAAAGAGAGCAGAGGAUGGAAGACUGGUGGGAUAGAGAACACGACAUCUUCCCUCGAUAUCAAAUCUACGUCGCUGGUCAUGCGUGCAUCACCGCCGCCAAUGGAUUGGAUAGCAGGCACAAAGACCUCUAUGAAGAAUCACGCAUCACGAUACGUCACCUCGUCAAGCAAUCUACUGCUGAUGGGCAGAAGCAAGCAUGGACAGGAGGGGAUAACCUGUUCGCUUCAUUCAUGCGCAAGGUGAAGCAGCUGCUUACAGGGGGUUCACAUGUGAAAAGGAAAGAUCUUAUCCCUCGUCUCACGAAGCAUUGCGGGAUAUCCCAGGAAGUCGCGAAGCAUUUAGCUGAUAUAAUAAAGCAACAGAAAUGUUGA